UCGUAUCCUAGAGCCUUCUUGAUCCAUUAGAAGACUGUCUUUAGGCACAACAUCUGCAAGAAUUAUUAUCGUAGUGUUGUUUAAAAAGGAACUCAUACAAAAUGGCACUAGUGCAGCGCACAUAUGUAAAAAUCAGCUCUUUUAUUACUCGUAUCAGUGUCCGCUGUUAUUCAAAAUCUGUCGAAGAAAAAGACAUUAGAAAAUCGGUCUACAUUUCCCAGUCAAAAGACAUUUACACAAAUUUAGCUUUAGAAGACUGGAUAUACCGUAAUGUAAACUUCAAAAAUCACCAUAUAUUAAUGCUCUGGCAAAGUGACCCUUGUGUAGUGAUAGGUCGCCAUCAAAAUCCGUGGUUAGAAGCCAAUGUACCGGAAUUACCUCACAUUACAGAUAAGGGGGUAAGACUAGCAAGACGUAACAGUGGAGGAGGAACAGUUUACCAUGAUAAUGGAAAUUUGAAUCUAACAUUUUUCACACCAAGAGAACACUACAAUAGAAAAUAUAAUUUGGAAAUUAUUACAAGGUCUUUAUUUAGAGAGUUCGGACUCAAAGCUGAAAUAUCACCACGAGAAGACUUAACUGUCCGAAAUUACAAAGUUUCUGGAACUGCCUCAAAAUUAGGACGACCAAAUGCUUAUCAUCACUGUACUCUGUUAGUAAAGGCCAAUAAACUGGAUUUGAAUUUGGCACUCCAAAAACAAGACGUUGACAUAAAAACUAAUGCUACAAAGUCGAUAAAAUCUAAAAUAAUGAAUUUAUGUGAAGAGAAUCCAAACGUUUCUAUAACUAACUUAAUAAAAGCAGUUGGUUGGGAAUACAUGAGAACGCCAGCUUUAAAUGUGAUGGAUGGCGGCAUGGAACUAGCCAAUAAACAGAAAGGUUUUCAGUUGGUCAACCCAACCAAUUUAUGGUUCCCUGGCAUAAAUGAAAUUCGAGAUCAAUUUGUUGGUUGGGAAUGGUGCUAUGGCAAGACGCCAAAAUUCAACAUAUCAAAGUCCUUCACUGUACCAGACAGUUUAGUACACAGCUACGGAGCCGCUGGUGACGUUAGAGUAACGAUGACUGUGGAACAAGGUAGAAUAAGCGAUGUAACGCUUUUAGUCCCGCCUGGUUUAUCUCCGGAAUGUAUCACAGGAGAAGUAAAUGUCGUCACGAGCCUUAUUGGUCAGAAAUUCUCAGAGGAAGCUCUCAACAGUCUAGAAGGGCUGUUGGGUGGUUUGGUUAACGAUAAAGAUAAAUUUGUCACUGAGUGCCUACGACAAGUGAUGAGUUCUGUGUGAUAUAAGGCCAAACAGGAAGAGUAAUACACCUUUCUGUUUACAUCGAUUAAUGUUUAUGCUUUUAAGGAAUGUUAAGUGUCGCAUGAAGCGACUUUAAAAAAUAUUU